UAUACUAGAUACUCAGUCAGUUUUGGUUGAGUAAAAAUAUUUAAUUCAAUUGAAUGGAUAUGAUGAAGUACACUGAAAUCAAGUGGCUUCAUUUUACCAUUCAAUUUUGUAUGCUUUUGAGUCUAUGAUGCAGUGAUAUGGGUAGAUACAAUAAAUGUUUCACUGGUUUCUCCUCUUUCUCUGUGCACUAAGCAAGGAUGAGACCUACUCAGUGAAUGAGAGGUACUUGAUUUAUAAUAUAUUUCACUAUAAAUUUAUCCCAGAAAGAUGGCCUCACUUAAUAACACCCUAUUUCAUCCAUAUUCUUUCUUCCUUCUGGGGAUCCCCGGGCUGGAACACAUGCAUAUCUGGAUGGGUCUCCCUUUCUUUGCUGUGUACCUGAUAGCUGUUCUUGGGAAUAUCAGCAUCCUUUCUGUGAUUGAGACUGAGAGCACACUCCACCAGCCCAUGUUCUACUUCCUGGCCAUUCUGUCAUCUAUCGACCUAGGCCUGUCCACAUCCACGAUCCCCAAGAUGCUUGGAAUCUUCUGGUUCAGCCUGAGAGAAAUCUCCUUUGAGGGGUGUCUCAUCCAGAUGUUCUUCAUCCAUCUAUUCACUGGCAUGGAGUCGGCUGUGCUCGUGGCCAUGGCCUAUGAUCGCUAUGUGGCCAUCUGUAACCCUCUUCGGUACACACUGGUGCUGACAAACAAGGUGGUAUUCAUCAUUGCAUUGAUAAUUCUACUGAGGCCUUUGUCUUUUGCCAUACCCUUUGUUCCACUCAUCCUACGGUUACCAUUUUGUGGGCACCAACUUAUCCCUCACACUUAUUGUGAGCACAUGGGCAUUGCCCGCCUGUCCUGUGCCAGCAUCAGGGUCAACAUCAUCUAUGGCUUAUAUGCCAUCUCUAACCUGGUGUUUGACAUCAUAGCCAUUGUCAUUUCUUAUGCCCAGAUCCUUCAUGCUGUCUUUCGACUGCCUUCCUAUGAUGCUCGGCUCAAAGCGCUCAGCACCUGUGGCUCUCACGUGUGUGUCAUGUUGGCUUUCUACACCCCUGCGUUUUUUUCAUUUAUGACCCACAGGUUUGGCCGGAAUAUACCACGUUAUAUUCACAUCCUUCUGGCUAAUUUCUAUGUAGUCAUUCCACCAGCUCUCAACCCUGUAAUCUAUGGUGUCAGAACUGAACAGAUUAGAGAACAGGUGCUGAAGGUAUUUUCCAAGAAAAAACCAUAACUCUUAUAAAUAAUCCAUUUAAGAAGGGAGCAGCACUAAUUCUCUAUGUUCAGAACAGAAAGAGAACAUUUGAAAGUUACACAGGCCUAUCUUAGGGGAGUCCUGUCACCCUCCUUCUCAAACCCAGAAAUGGAAAGUUAGGCCCAUGUCUAACACAUGAGUAAAAGUGUUUUAUCAUUUUCCAUUGUUUGGAAAUCAUUCAGAUUCCUCAUGUGGAAGAAAAAGAACUCUUUGUUCUGUUUCCAUUAUGAUCGAACAUAUUGCAUUCCACACUUGGCAUCAUUUUAAAGCAAAACCAACCCUCCAAAAAGGAAAUACCACACAAAUAAUAAAAACACCAUAAAUUCCUUCAUAUCCUAAUUUAAACAAAAAUAGUUCAUCACCGUUACUAGUGCUGGUCCCCAAAAUAAUAGAUGCUCAAACACUUCCCAUAUGGCUGGACUGCCUAUCAAAAAGCAUGGGUUACUCUUGCCUCUACCAUGUUAAUGUCAGAAGAUGUGAAAUUGAUCCUAUGAAUACCAUAAUCAUGUAAGAAAACUGGCUAUUUUCUACCAGGAAUAGAAUUGCAAAAAGUUGGUAGUCUUUUGGUUUUAAAUUGUACCAUUUACUUGAUGGAUGAAUACUUAUAAAAUCUGGCUUAUUGAUACUUCUUUUCAAACAACUAUUUUUCAAAAAGUACUGUCUCUGUGUCUUUUGCCACUUCAUGGAGGAGUUUCCCUCUUAAGGAAAGCAGAAGGUUUUAGUGAUGUUCCAAGUACAGUAUUAGCCAAGUGAGUACGUGUGUGUAUGUGUGUGUGUGUGUGUUUUAAACAUGGAACUCUUGUUCCAUAUGCUACCUCUCAGUGUUCUCUAGUUCUAGGUGAUAUUAUUGGCAUUAUUUGUGUGAAGGAUUCAGAGAAAUUAUGUUUGCAAAUCCUGGCCAAUAAAACUAAAUUUUUACCUAUAUUUUUAUUGUGGGAUUUCUCAACAUUUUUAAUUUGAAAUUUGGAUUUUGAAAAUUCAUUUUAAAAUUCAUUCAUUUGAAAUUUUAGGGUGAUAUUGGCUUCAGAAUGUUCCUUUGACCAACCUAUGACACUAAUAUUCUGUAGCAUGCACUUUAGAAAAAAAAAUCCUACUUAUUUUUACUAUAGUAUAAAAAAUGACAUCAUAAACUCUUAGUGGGAAUUUAUAUUAAUUAGCAUCACAUCCUUGGGAUCCCACCCAACUUGGGAUUCUUUGAAACAAUCAGUUAUGCUGUAAAAUUAUAGGCACAAGCAGCUUUUCCUGCAAUCCUGUUGUGACACUGAGCUCAUCCCCUAUCUAUUUAUUCUGCUUAUGAAAUGGAUUUUAAUGAUAUGGCCUCAAUUAUACCUUGAGUGAUUUGGUCAGGGCUCAUUCCAUUUAGAUGUUUUGGCUAAUUUGUGGAGAAUUGUAUUUAACCUUUCAAUGACUAAAUUCACCAAUGUAGUCACCUGGCCCUGGAGUUUUCUGUGUUAGAAGGUUGCUAACUCCGG